AUGGGCGGCUAUUAUGACACUCACCGCAUGUACUAUGUGGUGCAUGCUUGCACAGGCUUCACUCUCACCGCCACUCCCACUGCUCACAAUAAGAGCCGCGGCAAGAGAUUGAAAGUUGCGUCCCAUUUACAACUCGGCCUUGUCUCUUAUCAUGUCUGUUGCAUUCACUUUUGGUUCUUUCGGCGACAUCAUCUCUUUAGUUCAACUCAGCUCGCAGGUUAUUCGAGUUCUGACAAGCACCACUGGCGCCUCUGAACUUUAUCAAGGACUCAUCCUAGACGUUACGCGCCUUCAAUGUUUCUUACAGCAACUAGAGACAUGCAUUUCAAUGAUGCCUCGUGUCCCCAACACUGGUUUGGUUUCCGAGGACGAUGCCAAGGAUCAGAUCGCGGAUUGUCUAAAGACACUGCAACAGAUAUUAGAUCGGGCUUCCUACUACCGAUCUGUAGUAGAGAUUAAGACAUCCGGCAAAUCGUCUAUGAAGACAUGGAUCAAAGCUGGUUGGAUGUUAUUCAAAGUGGGUGAACUCGAAGAGUUCAGAAUGAAACUGCAUCAUCACAAUACAAUUGCUGCUCGCUUACUGGCAUCCAUGCAAUACGACUCGUUGCAAGUGGUACAUCGUACUACAAAACAUACUGGGCAUGCUAUUGAAGAUGUCCGGGCCUCAACGUCUGUCAUCGAAUGCAAUCUUAAUGUUGCCUUAGGAAUACUCCACAGAGUGGAACGUCAUAUGCCGCACACACUCGGAUAUUCCUGGGAAGGCAACAUUUCAUCCGCAAUAUCCUUUGAAGACGCGCUAGGUAGAAAAUACCUGUUGCCCCGCGAAUUCUGCCAAAGUCCAACAUUAAUACGCGAUCUCAUGUCAGUUGCCUUGCGAGACGUCUUACCUCCGGAUCUUCGCUUUAUCACCUGGGAGCAAGCUCACUUCUGGAUCUCUGAACCCGAUGAUGUAGACUCGUUUGCUUCAAAGGUGCAUUCAUGGUCGGAUGCGUUUGAGGAAUAUCCCCAGUCGACCCUCCAAAUGUCACUUCCCGUCUUGCACUACGACAGGCCGACGGACUCCGUAACCGUGAAGGAACUUUCAGGAUUAACUCGCAUUCCUUUGUACUUCACGCUGUACUCUUGUUCGUACGGACAAGCUCGCAAUCACUGGGAAGCCGAUGAUCGUACACGGGCGCUGGUCAAGCUCAGGGGGAAGAAGAAACGGCAGAAGUAUGUGCCUUUAUAUGCUCCUGACAUAGACUACUGUUAUUGUGUUUCAUCGUCCUGAAUCAGGUGUUAUACAGUCUCCGUAGAUGCCUUCGUUGCGCGCCAAGAACAUCAUCUUCAUGUCUAACAUAUCCUGCCGACGUUUGGGGGAAUAGACCACCUCAUUGGCUUUAUACGUCGGGAGUAGUCGGGGUUGCAUCACAAGAAUGUCAGGAUCCUCACGUGGUCUCUUUUAAUUUACGCGUCCGUUUUCAUCAUCAAUACAGACUGCCGUCUCAAAACACCUGCUGCAAUGGGCUUGCAACCCAUAUAAUUCUCCAUCAUAAACAUGCGUCCUAUUCCUGCGCGGGAUCGCUGAAGGCUCCUCAGUUUAUACGCAUGUCUGAUAUCGCUUCGUGAGUCUGGAUCCCUUCAGGUCUCACAAAGGAACAAGCUGUACAUUGACGGCAAAAGACCGAAUAUUCCCUAUUGCCGUACAAGGACAAGAAAAGCCGUGAGUAAGUUCAUCACAAUACGCCCACAAUACUAGAAACUAGAAAAAAAAUGGAUAAUAAGUAGUAUGUAUACAGAUGGAGAGAAAAAGGAGAGAAAUGAGAAAACCGUCCAUACGAGUCAUCCCAUCCCAUGAUAUACACAUACACGACGCACAUCCUUCAAAAAUAUACAGUUCGCCCUUGGUUGUUUCACAUUUCC